AUGCCCCCAGUCAAGAAGACCCCCAAGCGUCCGUCCGCCAUAACGCGGAUCAAAAAGCUCAAGCACUUGGACAAGCCAAUCUUCAAGAAAAAACAGGCUAAUGCUGCUAAUGUGUCCUCUAGCGUCCUUCACGAUGAACGAACGUUGGUCAAAGACUCGCAAACAAUAUUUAGUGACGACGAGAACGCGCCUCCUGCCCGAACUCAAAGACACAAGCAGCGCAUAGCAAGACAGAAACGUAAUUCAGAGUCUUUGGCUGCCGACUCUGGGUCAGAAUCAGAACGCGGGAUCGACGAGAUCCACACAUUCACGCAAAUGGUGUCGAAAAAAAGUAUGAGGACAAAAUGGGCACCGCUACCGCCAAACGUGUCUUCUUAUCUGGACACUAUUCUUAACCUCUAUGUCGAGGAAAGCAUUUCGCAGAUUCCAUUCAGAAGCAACAAAGAAAGAUUAGCUUUUAGGACAUUGGUGAAGGACACGAUUGUAAAGCCUCUUGCUAGGAAAAUGCGGGUGGCCCGAUUUCCUGGAGAAAUCAAAGAGCGCCUCCUUGAUCAAGAGCAAUUGGAUGAGGAGAAUAUGCGAUUGGAAGCCAAUUUUAGUGCAAACUUGCGUCAGCUCGAAGUGCUUCGUGUCCAAGAGCAGAAAGAACAAGCUUUGCUUGAUAGCGAGGAAAAGUAUUUUGAGCAGUUCAAGAAAUCAGUGGAGCGCCAGGAAGAGCUCAUGGCCAAGGACAUUCUCCCCUACGCUGAUUUGGCAGACGACUUACAAAUAUCCGAGCCAAGACCCGGACUUCAACGAGUCGAUGAACACAUUGGAUAA